GGAGAGUGAUGUUCCUCGAAGUCGCGUCAAAAAUCAGCCGAAAAUACACUGAAAAGCACGCUGAAUGAAGCGGAUCAUAUCUACUAGUAUACAUACAUAUAUAAAACUGUCAUCAAAUUUUAAGAGAUAUCCACUCUGGAAGCCAUGCUCGUAUAAUAUAAUCAGGAACACAGUUGGUAACUCGGCGCGUCGUAAUGAAGAAAAGGCAAGUUGUUUGGUGAAGCACUUAAGCGAAAUGACCUACCCAAUUUAUGUGGCCUUGAAACUUAUUUGAAGAUUUAAAUAUCAACACUCGAACUUGUAAAUUCGAUUCAGCAAUUGGAUUUAAAGAGAUCCUCGUACCAAAAGUUGCAUUAGCACUGCUCUCUUAACUAUUCGAUGCCAUUCUCAAAUCAAUUAAUAAUUAAUAAUGAUAGCCAAGCCAUAGUUAAAGGCCAAACCCUUAUUUUAUCUAAAAUUGAUGACGGGUUUCCAAUCUUUGAAUGGUGUGCCAAAACCAAUAUUCAACAGUAUAAUACUCCAUAUCACGCUCCAGUCAGCAGAAGCAUAGGCACAUAUCCCACAUCGUCCAUAAAAAAUUGUUUAGGUGAAGCCGACCUUCCAUCCAUCCCGUAAUGUGUCAAAGCUACAACAUAUCGGCUUAUGUCAAAAUUUAUCCGCAGCAACAACGAUAUGCUCUUCAAAGACAUAAUAAACAUCGUGAAACAAAAACGACCAAAAAGAUAUAAUUUUACAAUCCAACGAUGCAUCGAUUUCGCAAGUUCCAUUGAGUUCAGUAUAAAACCAAACCGCAAAAAGUGCAGCUUAGAUCCUUCAUGGGUGCUCAAAAUAUCUUCGUUUAUUUCGUAUUUACAUGCAUAUAAAAAAACAACUGACUACUUGGUCUUGAAACAACUCUUCGAAAAAGCCCGUAUAAAAUACAAAGAAAGUAAUUGAAAUUUUUUAUAUACUGACGACUCUAAAAAUGAUACCCACACCUCAUUUGCAAUAGUUCAUAGUGCCGGAGCAACUUUGAAAACCGGUUAGUGUUUACAUACUUCUCUGUGUUUGCCGCUGAUGUUUUAGCGAUUAGGAUUGACACAGUCUACGGCGAAGCGAAUAGAGGAAAUAUAUUGCCUGCUCUGACAACAGAUCCACCAUAGACGCAGUCUCAACUUUUACAACAACCGCGAUCUAACAGCGGCAAUAUGAAGCAACCUUAUGCAAAACCCUUAUCAAAUAAAAGUUAUGUGGAUUCCGGAUUGCGCUGGAAUUGAUGGAAACAAAUGCGCAGAUGUAGCCGCAGAUUCAACCGCCCAUGUCCAUCGUCUAGAAACAUUCCACACCGCUGAUAAAAACGAUCUCCGAGAAUUAUCAAACAAUACCAGCUGCAAAAAAAACUAUAAAAUGGCUUACAUAUAAUUAGCACUACAGCCGGAUCAACAAUGAAGGAUGAAAAGCCCACACUAUCCACCAUCUUGUUCUCUACAACAAAACCAAAUAUUCAUUCCUUUACGCUUGGGGCACACCAAAUUUACCCACAAACAUAUGAUAUGCCGUACGUCACCACCCACCUGACAAUUUUGCAAUGGUCGGUCAUUCAUCGAAGACCUUCUUAACAACUGCCUCACACUAAAAGGCAACCGCGUCAAAGUAUUUCAACAAUCAACGCCUACCGAUCUAUUAAAAGAACCUUCUCAACACGACAUAUUAUACAUAUAACAUUAUUUGAAACUUAUGAAAGCCUCUCACCGCCAGUAUGUCAGCUAUUGUCGGAUCAGAACCAUCAACCGUUGUGUGUUCAACUUGUCAGAAGCAAGUAACGACCACCGUGGAUUAUGUAGCAUCAACGAAGACUCAUCUGAUCGCAUUACUGUUAUGUGUUAUUGGUUUGUGUCCAUGUGCCUGCUGCUUGUAUUGCACCGGCUGCGCCCGAAAUGUCGAACAUCGUUGUCCGUCGUGCAAAACUUUAUUGGGCAUUUAUGAACGUUAAAAGGAUUGAAAGUAAUUUGAGAGCCUAAAACUCAAUUUAUACAUAAAUUUGUGUGCAGUCGCAUUUACAAAUACUCGUACAUC